AAUGUUAUAAGUAGUAAUCGCUUAUAUACAGAAGAGUGGAAUUGUUAUUAUUAAAAUAUUUACAAUUUUUAUUGACAUGUCAGAACUCUAUUUUUCUCAAAUAUUGCAUGUAUUUGAUAAAUUUCUCGAAUUAUUGGAAAACUCGCAUAUAAGUACACAAGUCACCAAAGAGACUGUAAAUAAAACUUUUGAAUGUGCUAAGUUUAUUGAGGCUACAGUAACUAAAGCAUAUAAUGAAAAGAUGGAAGAUAUAUUGGAAAAUUAUCUUCGCCAGCAUUGGGUUAAAGAAAAGAAAACUAAAAUAUAUAAGUGCAACGAUCUAAAGUGUGCUUGUGAUAAAUUAUUAGAAAUAUACAUGAAAGAUACUUCCAUUUCUACCACAAUUAUUGAUGAUUUUUUAAAAUUGUACAUUCAAUCUUUUGGGAUAGAUAGAUUGAAUAACUUUUUGCUGUGUACACUGAGGAACUCUACAUGUACAAAUAUGAUAUUAGAGUCUUUGGAAGAUAUAGGCUUGUCCAUGUCUAAAAUAGAAGAUGAAGCUUUGAUUAUGUCAUGGGAAUAUGAUCUUGAAAAUGGUCAGCAGAUGGAGGUAUCGCAAAAAAUAACAAAAAUAUUAGAAGAUGGCCAUCUUUCCAGACUUAUUCCCCUUUUUAUAAAUUUACAUAAUAAGAGCAAAUUGAAGAUGUUAUUUAUGAAGUGUUUGUCCUGUAAAGUCAUUGAAAAUGAUGUAUUAUUUUGUUUGGCUUUAAUAAAUAUUGAAGAGAAAUCUUUUCUAAGCCUCCUAAAGGAUAGUUCUGAAUUUUGUAUCAAUUUUGUAGAUACAAUAUUUUAUUUUGGACGAAAUAUGUCAAAAAUAAAUAAUGAAUGGAUAUUAGAUUCAACAUUCAAUUACAACGAUUUACUUAAAAUUAUGCAUAGAUUAUUAAAUGGCCCUAAUGUAGUUCAUGAGAUAGUACAUAGUAGACUACAAUUGGCUAAGAUGCAACCAGAUUGUACAGUAUGGCAUAGCAUUGAGAAAGAUAUUGCACAAUAAUGAUUUCUGUAUAAAUAAAAUGUACAACAGUAAACAUUUAUUUGCAACAAA